AUGCCGCCACUUGUAUGGCUCGUCUUUUGGCUGUUACGGAUAGCUGAUGUCUUCGCUUACAAGGAACUCACCAAUGGAGGACUGGAACGAAUCGCAGACAAGACCGAUCGAGUGGCGAAUGAGUUAUUAACACCUCUGAUGGUGCCACGAGUAGCAGGGUCUGCCGGGAAUGCCAAUGUGCGCAACCAUAUUAUCGACCACUUUGAGACUUUGGGUUGGCAUGUGGAACUGGAUAGCUUCAAUGACACCACACCUUUUGGAGACAAGCCAUUCACCAAUGUGAUUGCGACGAAGAACCCUGAUGCACCCAAUCGACUUGUAUUGGCAGCUCACUUUGACUCCAAGUACUUUGACGACUUUGUGUUUAUCGGGGCGACCGAUUCAGCAGUGCCAUGUGCAUUAUUGUUGGAUAUUGCCGAAGUGCUCAAUGAUAGUAUCCCAGCAACCGAUAGCACAACAACGCUACAACUUGUAUUCUUUGAUGGGGAGGAAGCAUUUGUGAAAUGGUCUGAGACUGAUUCAACGUAUGGUGCCCGACACUUGGCUUCGUUAUGGGAGGCAACGCCUAUUACAUCCAAGCCUUUCAACACAAUACACCGGUUCAACAAGCUCAGUGGCAUUGAUGCUCUUGUGCUAUUGGAUUUGCUAGGCACGCCCAAUCCUUCCAUUCCCAACUAUUUUCGUGAAACAGAUACUCUCUAUCAGCGUCUGCAAAGUCUGGAGUCUCGUCUUGCGCAUAACAACUUGCUGGAAACGGAAUCGACCAAGAUCGAUGAACCCUUGCACUCGAUUUUCGCACCUGAUUCUUUACUCACUUUCAAUGGAAGAGCCAUGUCGGAUGAUCAUAUUCCUUUUCUACGUCGUGGUGUCAACAUUCUACAUUUAAUCCCACAUCCAUUUCCUAAAGAAUGGCAUGAUGAGAUGGAUAAUGCCGAUUGCAUUGAUCCCCCUGUUGUGCGUAACCUUGCUCGACUUUUCCGUGGUUUUGUAUUAGAAUAUCUUGAACUAGACACAUCAAAGCUCUGA